AUGAUUGGAGUGUUUAUUACGGUACUUGCUUGUAUCAUCAACUAUACCAGUGCAUUCUAUUUGCCUGGUGUCGCACCUACAAAUUAUAAGGAAGGUGAUACUAUUCCAUUGUAUGUUAAUCAUUUGACGCCUUCAUUAGGUCAUUUGGCACUGCUUAAGAAUGAUGCUAAAUCCAAGGCAAUUGUAUAUUCUUAUGAUUACUAUUAUCCCAAAUUCCAUUUUUGUAAGCCUGAAGGUGAACCAAAGAAACAACUGGAAUCUUUAGGUUCAAUUAUAUUUGGUGAUAGAAUCUUCAAUUCUCCCUUUGAAAUUCAAAUGUUACAAGAUAAGUCAUGUGUUUCCUUGUGUACUUCCACUUACACCAAGAGGGAAGGUGUUUUCGUCAACAGAAACAUUAGAGCCAGUUACACUCACAAUUGGAUUGUUGAUGGGUUACCAGCUGCUAGUGUUAUGGCUGAAAUUAAAACUCAAACUAAAUUCUACGGUACUGGGUUCCCUAUUGGUGAGAUUAGUCCUCAAAACUCUGCCCAUUUCUUUAACCAUUUUGAAAUCAAAAUUGAAUAUCAUAAGAGAAGUGAUGGAUUCUUUAGAGUUGUUGGUGUUACCGUAUCUCCUUCUUCUUUGGAUAGAUCUGGCCUUAAAGCCGAUGCUAAACCAGAAGAAAUCUGUAACCCCAAAUUGGAAAAAGUCUCUUUAGGUAAGAAGGAUGAACUGAAAGUCUUGUUCACUUAUUCCGUCAAGUUUGAAGCUUCUGCUACCCCUUGGGCAACAAGAUGGGAUAAAUAUUUACAUGUUUAUGACCCCAAGAUUCAAUGGUUUAGUUUAUUGAACUUCUCCGUUGUUGUUUCUAUUUUGGGCUUCAUCAUUGCUCAUAUCUUUGUCAAGUCUUUAAGAAAUGAUAUCACCAAGUAUAAUGAAGUCAAUUUGGAUGAUGAUAUCUCUGAAGAAUCCGGUUGGAAGUUGGUUCAUGCUGAUGUGUUCAGACCUCCAAAGAAUAGAAUGCUUUUGGCUGUGUUUGUUGGUUCUGGUACUCAAGUGUUUGUCAUGACAUUCUUCACUAUUGCCUUUGCAUUAUUUGGUUUGUUAUCUCCUUCCAACAGAGGUGCCUUGUCAACUUUUAUGUUCAUCGUUUACAUUGCUAGUAGUGUUGUGUCAGCCUUUGUUUCAGGCUAUUUAUACAGAUUCUUGGGUGGUGAUGAUUGGAAAACUAAUAUGGUCUUAUCUCCAUUACUUGUACCUGGUAUUAUGUUCCUUAUCUUUACAUUUUUGAAUUUUGUUUUGGUAAUUGUUCAAUCUUCAGGUGCAAUUCCAUUUGGAACCAUGAUUGCUAUCAUUGUCAUUUGGUUUGUUGUUUCGGUUCCUUUAUCUAUUAUGGGGUCUAUUUGGGCAUCCAAGAAACCUCUUUUAUCAGUGCCAGUCAGAACCAACCAAAUCCCUAGACAAAUUCCCGAACAACCAUGGUACUUGAAAACCCUUCCAGUGAUGUUGAUCAGUGGAGUGUUCCCCUUUGGAUCCAUUGCCGUUGAAAUGUAUUUCAUCUACAAUUCAUUGUGGUUCAACCGGAUCUUCUAUAUGUUUGGGUUCCUUUUCUUCUGCUUCUUGCUUAUGCUUUUGACCACUUCAUUGUUCACUAUCUUGAUGAUCUACUACACUUUAUGCACGGAAAAUUACAAAUGGCAUUGGAAGUCUUUCUUUGUUGGAGGUGGAUGUGCCAUCUACGUAUUUUUACAUUCUUGGUUCUUGGCCAGCCCUAAGAGGUUAGAGUUCUCAUCUAUGUUGAUUUAUGGUGGCUAUUCUUUUGUGAUUUCCAUGUUGGUCUUCCUCUGUUGUGGUGCUACUGGGUUUGUCAGUAGUUUCUUUUUCAUCAGAACAAUCUAUUCUCAAAUUAAGGUUGACUAA